GACCACGAGUCUGAGUGACAGGCGGGUGAAGAGAGGAGCCAAUAUAUAUAAGGAAAGCUCGGGAGAGCGCAGGUUUCAGUAGCGGCGCUGAGCGCGGUCAGUGAACGCGAGGCCAAGAGCCGCAGCUCAAGCCGCCUCAGUGCCGCGUACCCGGACACUAGCCUGCUUACAGCACCAGGAUUAACCCGAGGACACGUCCUCAGAGCUGCUGCCACCCAGCCGCCCUCACCUGGAUUACCUACCGCGGCAGCUGGAGCGCAGUUAGCGCGAAGGAGAGGCGGAAGGAAAGCCCCGAGCGGAGCCUGGCUUUUCAGGGACCCCUCCGGCGGUGGGGCGCGCGGGAAAGCUUCCUAGCCCGCGGGUGGAGAGCGCGACGCCCCAGGGGAUGGCAGUCGCGUCCCGUCGCGCCUCGGGCUGGGCGCUACUGCUGCUGGUGGCACUUUGGCAGCAGCACGCUGCCGGCUCCGGAGUCUUCCAGUUGCAGCUGCAGGAGUUUGCCAACGAGCGCGGCGUACUAGCCAGCGGGCGGCCGUGCGAACCUGGCUGCCGAACCUUCUUCCGCGUCUGCCUUAAGCACUUCCAGGCAGUCGUCUCUCCCGGGCCCUGCACCUUCGGCAGCGUCUCCACGCCUGUGCUGGGCACCAACUCCUUCGCCGUCGGAGACGACAGUAGCGGCGGGGGACGCAACCCUCUGCAACUACCCUUCAAUUUCACCUGGCCGGGUACCUUCUCACUCAUUAUUGAAGCUUGGCACGCACCAGGAGAUGACCUGCGGCCAGAGGCCUUGCCACCAGACGCGCUCAUCAGCAAGAUCGCCAUCCAGGGCUCGCUAGCUGUGGGCCAGAACUGGUUACUGGAUGAGCAGACCAGCCCUCUCACAAGGCUGCGCUACUCUUACCGGGUCAUCUGCAGUGACAACUACUAUGGGGACAGCUGCUCGCGUCUAUGCAAGAAGCGCAAUGACCACUUCGGCCACUACGUGUGUCAGCCAGAUGGCAGCCUGUCUUGCCUGCCCGGCUGGACGGGGGAGUACUGCGAACAGCCUAUCUGUCUUUCUGGCUGUCAUGAACAGAAUGGCUACUGCAGCAAGCCUGCAGAGUGCAUCUGCCGCCCGGGCUGGCAGGGCCGCCUGUGCAACGAAUGCAUCCCCCACAAUGGCUGUCGCCAUGGCACCUGCAGCACCCCCUGGCAAUGCACUUGUGAUGAGGGCUGGGGAGGCCUGUUCUGUGACCAAGAUCUCAACUACUGCACCCACCAUUCCCCAUGCAAGAAUGGGGCAACAUGCUCCAACAGUGGGCAGCGGAGCUAUACCUGCACCUGUCGCCCAGGCUACACUGGUGUAGACUGCGAGCUGGAGCUCAGCGAGUGUGAUAGCAACCCCUGUCGCAACGGAGGCAGCUGUAAGGACCAGGAGGACGGCUACCACUGCCUGUGUCCACCGGGCUACUAUGGCCUGCACUGCGAACACAGCACCUUGAGUUGUGCUGACUCCCCCUGCUUCAACGGUGGCUCCUGUCGGGAGCGCAACCAGGGGACCAGCUACGCCUGUGAAUGCCCCCCCAACUUCACUGGCUCCAACUGUGAGAAGAAAGUGGACAGGUGUACCAGCAACCCAUGUGCCAAUGGGGGCCAGUGCCUGAACCGAGGUCCGAACCGCAUGUGCCGCUGUCGUCCUGGAUUCACUGGCGCCCACUGUGAGAUCAGCAUCAGCGACUGUGCCCGCAGCCCUUGUGUCCAUGGUGGCACAUGCCACGACCUGGAGAAUGGGUUCGUGUGCACCUGUCCAGCCGGCUUCUCUGGCCGGCGCUGCGAGGUGCGGAUGCCUGCCGAAGCCUGUGCCUCGGGACCCUGCUUCAAUGGGGCCACGUGCUACACCGGCCUCCCUCCUGACAACUUCGUCUGCAACUGCCCCUAUGGCUUCAUGGGCAGCCGCUGCGAGUUCCCCAUGAGCAUGCCCCCCAGCUUCCCCUGGGUGGCCGUGUCCCUGGGCGUGGGGCUGGUGGUGGUGCUCGUGUUACUGUGCAUGGUAGUGGUGGCAGUGCGGCAGCUGCGGCUCAGGCGGCCUGACGGCGGCAGCAGGGAGGCCAUGAACAAUCUGUCGGACUUCCAAAAGGACAACCUGAUCCCCACUGCCCAGCUCAAGAACACAAACCAGAAGAAGGAGCUGGAAGUAGACUGUGGCCUGGACAAGUCCAACUGUGGCAAACAGCAGAACCACACAUUGGACUAUAAUCUGGCCCCAGGGCUCCUGGGGCGGGGGAUCCUGCCUGGGAAGUAUUCCCACAGCGAUAAGAGCUUAGGGGAGAAGGCACCACUGCGGAUACACAGUGAAAAGCCAGAGUGUCGGAUAUCAGCCAUAUGCUCCCCCAGGGACUCCAUGUACCAGUCUGUGUGUUUGAUAUCAGAAGAGAGGAAUGAAUGUGUCAUUGCCACAGAGGUAUAAGGCAGGAGCCUCCCCAGGACAUCCCAGCUCCACCCCAGCAGCUGGACCUUCCUUCUGCAUUGUUUACAUUGCAUCCUGGAUGGGACAUUUUUAAUAUGCAACGUGCUGCUCUCAGGAGGAAGAGGGAAUGGCAUGAACUGGACAGACUGUGAACCUGCCAAGGGAUGCAGUACCCUCCCACAUGUUUGGGUGUCUGUCUGGCAUCAGAUUGGCAGCCGCACCAGCCAGGGGAACAGAGGAGAGGAGAGGUGGCACUUGGACCCGCCCUGCCAGCAGCGGCCUUCAGAGGGCUCCUUGGGGCUCCAGCCUAUUUUCCAGAGGGAGGGGCAGUGGUCCCAUGGGGCCUGGAGCUGCUCUGGCUUCCACUGGCAUCUGUGUUUCCAAAAGUGCCUUGGCCCGGGUUCCAUGGCAACAGCUGGGUCCAAAUCAGAGAGGAGAGAGGAGGCCAGUAAGGGCAGGGCCAUCCGCCAGCCGGGAAGCCACCUGGUGCAGCUCUUGGCAGGAGUGUCCCUGCAGGUGAGGUGAGCUCCCGGAGCAGAGAGGAGGAGCACUUUCUGCCCCAUGCUUCCAACGACUGCAUGUGGGCCUUGCUCCUGACACCACCCCAUCCUCUCCGUGCCCCGGGCUCUCUGGGUAUGGAUAUUGGUAAGCCUUCCCUGGCUUCCACAGCCUCUGGCCCUGGAUGCCUCAGGCUCCUGUGAGCAGAUGGGGGAGGGCCUGUGCCUCUUCCCAGCCAGGGGCACCAGGCCUAACUGGGGAGCUCUGGGCAGAGAUGAUAGAAAUUCUGUUGAGGGAGAAACUGGGUGCUGUGGACACCCAGAUCCUUCCCUCCUUGAAGCCCAUUCUAACGGCUUCGAGCCUGGGCUCUGCCCACACCCACUACUGCCCCCGGACUACCCUUGAAGCCGAUCUUCAGAAAUCAAUAAUAUGAGUUUUUAUUUUUUUUGUAGUUUAUUUUGGAGUCUAGUAUUUCAAUAAUUUAAGAAUCAGAAGCACUGACCUUUCUACAUUUUAUAACAUUAUUUUGUAUAUAAUGUGUAUUUAUAAUAUGGAACAGAUGUGUACAGGAGUUUAUUA